AAACAAGAUUGAAGCAGUGAACUCCUGAUGUUUGGAAUUUGGAAGAUGCCUUUAGGCUCUUCAUAUUUGAAGCCGCUGCAGAUUUCUCUUCGUUGCUUCAACCAACAAAAGAGAUCUAAUCUCGCAGUCGCCGCCCAACACUCUCCCUUUCUUCACUUGAAAAUCUCACCUCCGAUUAAGAAUGAUGAGCAGAAGAGCUGCUGUUUCUGCAAUCGAUCUCAUUCAUGGAAGAGGAUUUCUUAAUCGAUGGUCGCAUAAAUCGGGUAUUCUCUCUCCUCCAUUCUCUCUCUUCUCUUCCAAGGCUUUUCAACCUAAGCAGCCCAGAAUCGAUUUCAGCUGUGUUAAAGAGUUAAAUGAUGCCAUUGAAUUGUUUCAAACAAUAAAGAGCAUGCGGCCAGAGCCUUCUCUUCUCGUGUUCAAUAAACUUAUGAGUGUUAGUGUAAAGAUUGAGCAGUACUCCUUUGCCCUUGAUGUGUUCGAUGAAAUGCUUGGGAUGGGUGUCCCGGUUAAUGAUUACACAAUGAACAUUGCUGUCAAUUGUUGUUGUCUCUUGAAAGACAUGUACUCUGGUUUUUCUAUAAUGGGAUUCUUUUUCAAGAUCAGUUACGAACCAGAUGUUACGACUAUCGGCACUCUCAUUAAAGGGUUGUUCUUGGUUGAGAAAGAGGCCGAAGCCGUGAAAUUGUUUGAAAAGGUUCUGGAUUUAAAACUUUGUGUGCCUAAUAAAGUAAUGAUUCUGCACGUGAUAGAUGGGCUGUGCAAAUCUGGACAGGUCGUUGCAGCACAUGACUGGCUUCAUCGAUUAGAAAGUAAUGGCUGCAGAGCCGAUGUUUGGAGUUAUAAUGCGUUAAUUGACGGAUUUUGCAAAGAAGGAAAGAUGGAAGAAGUUGGGAAGAUAUUGGAAACUAUGACGCAACAAAAUAUGUGUCCCGAUAUUGUCACUUUCAGCAUAUUGGUUGACGCAUAUUGUAAAGUAGGAAAGAUUGAAGAGGCUGGGAAGAUAUUGGAAACCAUGACGCAACAAAAUAUUUGUCCAGACGUCUUCACUUAUUCUUCGCUUAUUGAUGGGUUUUGUUUAAGGGGUGAAAUUGAGAGAGGAAAGCAACUACUCGAUCUCAUGGCAGAGAGGGGCCUUAAACCCAAUGUUGUUACCUAUAAUAGCUUAAUUGACGGAUAUUGCAAGGUGGGGACCAUCGAUGAAGCUUUGCAUCUUUUUCUUGAAAUUCCGAGUAAAGGUUUGAAGCAUAAUGCACAUACUUAUAGUACCAUGAUACAUGGAUUAUUCAAAAAAGGUAGAUUUGUUGAGGGCUGGAAGCUUUUUGAGGAUAUGGAAGCUCAACAAGUACAUCCUAACUUACAUAUUUAUAGUAUAUUAUUGGAUGGGCUCUGUAGGAAUGGAGAGAUUGAGGAAGCUUUUUCAUUACUGCGCAUGAUUGAAGUCAAAGGAUUUACUCCUGACAUAGUCUCGUAUGGCUCGCUUAUUGAUGGAUUAUGCAAAAAUGGCAAACGUGAUGUUGCAAGAGAUCUUUUGAGGGAACUUCCUUCUAAAGGAUUGCAGCCUAAUGUUUGGAUAUACAAUAUGAUCAUUCAUUCACUUUGUCAAGAAGGAUCUAUGGAGGAGGCAGAAUGUUUGCUUGUAGAGAUGAAGAACCGUGGCUGUGGACCUGAUCGUGUGACAUACAACAUUAUCAUCCGAAGUUUGCUAAAGCGAAAUGAGCUUCACAAGGCAACAUCAUUCAUGGAGGAAAUGCGCCAAAAGGGAUUCUCAGCAGAUUCUGCAACUUCUUCAGUGCCAACUGAUCGAGCGGAAGAACAAAGUGGAGAUGGUUUUUUCCUCAAAUUGAUGAAGAACCUUGCUCCCAAGAAAAUUGUAUCGUAUCGCAGUCGCCGCCCAACACUCCCUUUCUUCACAUUAAAAUCUCACCGUCGAUUAAGGAUGAUUAGCAGAAGAGCUGCUGUUUCUGCAAUCGAUCUCAUUCACGGAAGAGGAUUUCUCAAUAGAUGGUCGCAUAAAUCGGGUAUUCUCUCUCCUCCAUUCUCUCUCUUCUCUUCCAAGGCUUUUCAACCUAAGCAGCCCAGAAUCGAUUUCAGCUGUGUUAAAGAAUUAAAUGAUGCCAUUGAAUUGUUUCAAGAAAUAAAGAGCAUGCGGCCAGAGCCUUCUUUUCUCGUGUUCAAUAAACUUAUGAGUGUUAGUGUAAAGAUUGAGCAGUACUCCUUUGCCCUUGAUGUGUUCGAUGAAAUGCUUGGGAUGGGUGUCCCGGUUAAUGAUUACACAAUGAACAUUGCUGUCAAUUGUUGUUGUCUCUUGAAAGACAUGUACUCUGGUUUUUCUAUAAUGGGAUUCUUUUUCAAGAUCAGUUACGAACCAGAUGUUGCGACUAUCGGCACUCUCAUUAAAGGGUUGUUCUUGGUUGAGAAAGAGGCCGAAGCCAUGAAAUUGUUUGAAAAGGUUCUGGAUUUAAAACUUUGUGUGCCUAAUGAAGUAAUGAUUCUACACGUGAUAGAUGGGCUGUGCAAAUCUGGGCAGGUCAUUGCAGCACAUGACUGGCUUCAUCGAUUAGAAAGUAAUGGCUGCACAGCCAAUGUUUGGAGUUAUAAUGCGUUAAUUGACGGAUUCUGCAAAGAAGGAAAGAUGGAAGAAGCUGGGAAGAUAUUGGAAACCAUGACGCAACAAAAUAUUUGUCCAGACGUCUUCACUUAUUCUUCGCUUAUUGAUGGGUUUUGUUUAAGGGGUGAAAUCGAGAGAGGAAAGCAACUACUCGAUCUCAUGGCAGAGAGGGGCCUUAAACCCAAUGUUGUUACCUAUAAUAGCUUAAUUGACGGAUAUUGCAAGGUGGGGACCAUCGACGAAGCUUUGCAUCUUUUUCUUGAAAUUCCGAGUAAAGGUUUGAAGCAUAAUGCGCAUACUUAUAAUACCAUGAUACAUGGAUUAUUCAAGAAAAGUAGAUUUGUUGAGGGCUGGAAGCUUUUUGAGGAUAUGGAAGCUCAACAAGUACAUCCUGACUUACAUAAUUAUAAUAUAUUAUUGGAUGGGCUCUGUAGGAAUGGAGAGAUUGAGGAAGCUUUUUCGUUACUGCGCAUGAUUGAAGUGAAAGGAUUUACUCCCGACAUAGUCACGUAUGGCUCGCUAAUUGAUGGAUUAUGCAAAAAUGGAAAAAGUGAUGUUGCAAGAGAUCUCCUGAAGGAACUUACCUCUAAAGGUUUGCAACCUAAUGUUUGGAUAUAUAGUAUGAUCAUUGAUUCACUUUGUCAACAAGGAUCUAUGGAGGAGGCACAACGUUUUCUUGUAGAGAUGGAGAAUUCUGGCUGUGGACCUAAUCAUGUGACAUACAACAUUAUCAUCCGGAGUUUGCUAAAGCGAAAUGAGGUUCACAAGGCAACAUCAUUCAUGGAAGAAAUGCGCCAAAAGGGAUUCUCAGCAGAUUCUGCAACUUCUUCAGUGCCAACUGAUCGAGCGGAAGAACAAAGUGGAGAUGGUUUUUUCCUCAAAUUGAUGAAGAACCUUGCUCCCAAGAAAAUUGUAUCGUAGUCCUUUCUUCUUGAUUAUAUACGAGGUUAGUGAUACGGACACUCAUAUAAUAUCAUCUUUUCGUCAAUUUUGUGGGUAAUAACUAAUAAUGAUACUGUUUUUUUUAGGUGUGCAGUUUUGGGCCUGUGCUAAAUUUAGUUUUGGUCUGUUAUAAUUUAAAGUUUCUAAUUGAUUAAAUGAGAGAAAGCUAUGGAAGUGAACAUAUUCAGUUAUUGUACCUAUUUCAUGUUGAGGCCUCCAAGAAAUGAACGUUUCAAGAGAUUUUAAUCUUAAAGUUGUAUUGAAACUGCUGAUUUUAUUUUGCGAUACGUCAUGCUGUGUUUGUUCUUCAAUGGCAUACAUCGUUGUGUGAUGCGUUUCUACUGCAGGGCGAGGAUUCGUAUAGCCUUAGAGCCAGAGGUUCUCGUCUCGGAGUUGCAAGCAGCAAUGGUGCCGACGUGCAGUGGAGUUCGACUCUCUAUAUGCUUGUUGCCCCAAGUUGUAUUUAGAUGAGCUCAACAUUUCAUUGAUGAUAUUUCUAUGUCUGGUAACCUGUUAGAAUUGAACUAUGUUAGGACAUAUGUAGUUUGUAUUUCUAAGAUUUGAACAUUUUGUUGAUGGAGUAACAAUCUUGUGUUUAAAUUAUUAGUAUUACAAUUACACAAGUUUGUUUGUUUGUUUUUUUGGUUUA